ACGUCCAGUACUUUUUUUUUCUACUAAAGUUAUCAUGGUUAAAGUAACUGUUUGUGGUGCCGCUGGAGGUAUCGGCCAACCCUUGUCCUUGUUGUUGAAGUUAAACGCCAACAUUUCCGAAUUAUCCUUGUUCGAUGUUGUCAAUGUUCCCGGAGUUGGCGCCGACUUGGGCCACAUUUGCUCCGACUCCAAAACCGAAUCGUUUUUGCCCUCCUCCAAAGAAGAUAAGUCCGCCUUGGCCAGCUCUUUGAAAGGAUCUGAUUUGGUGAUCAUUCCCGCUGGUGUUCCCAGAAAACCAGGUAUGACCAGAGAUGACCUUUUCAACAUCAAUGCGUCUAUUGUCAGAGACUUGGCCCAGGGAAUAGCAGAAAACUGUCCCGAUGCUUUUGUGUUGAUCAUUUCUAACCCUGUCAACUCGACGGUGCCUAUUGUGGCUGAAACCUUGAAGAAAAACAAGGUUUUCAACCCCAAAAAGUUGUUUGGUGUAACCACCUUGGACAUUGUUAGAUCCAACACCUUUAUCAGCCAAGUGUUCUCGGGCGAGUCCAAGCCUACGGAUUUCGAUACCAUUGUGGUGGGAGGCCAUUCCGGUGAGACCAUUGUUCCAUUGUAUUCACUUGGAAAGUCUGCGGAUUUGUACAGUAAAUUGUCGGAAGAUGACAAGGCCAAAUUGAUUCACAGAGUCCAAUUUGGUGGGGACGAGGUGGUGCAAGCUAAGAACGGAGCUGGUUCUGCCACGUUAUCCAUGGCUUAUGCUGGUUACAAAUUGGCUGAAUCGAUCUUGAAGGCGUUCAACGAACCUAACGUGGUUGAAUGCACCUUUUUGAACUUAGACGAUUCCAUUAAAGGUGCUGCUGAGGCCAAAAAAUUGGUCGGAGGCUUAGACUUUUUCUCAUUGCCAGUGGUGUUGAGCAAAGAUGGUAUCGCCGAAGUCAAAUACGACGUGUUGACUAAAGCCAAUGCCGAUGAACAAAAGUUGUUGGAAGUUGCCAAAGAGCAAUUGGCCAAAAACAUCGAAAAGGGUGUCAAGUUCAUCACCAACUAAUGGUAGAUAAUAUAUAUUCCUAUU